AUGAAGAGAAGUUUAACGUGGAUGGGUGGACUGUUUAUAAUCCAGUUGAAGAAUAUAGAAGGCAGCAUCAGACUCAGCAUCUGUUUGGCCGUGGUACAUAGGGCCAGACCUAAAGAAAAGGGCCUGCCCAAUCAUCAUUGGAGGAUAAGUUUUAUUAACAAGUGCUAUGAACUCUGUGAGACAUACCCUGCCCUUUUGGUGGUUCCCUAUCGGACCUCAGAUGAUGACCUUAGGAGAAUUGCAACUUUUAGAUCCCGAAAUCGGAUUCCUGUACUGUCGUGGAUUCACCCAGAAAACAAAAUGGUCAUUAUGCGCUGCAGUCAGCCUCUUGUCGGUAUGAGUGGUAAAAGAAAUAAAGAUGAUGAGAAAUACCUGGAUGUGAUCAGGGAAACUAACAAACAAACUUCUAAGCUCGUGAUUUAUGAUGCGCGACCCAGUGUAAAUGCAGUCGCCAACAAGGCAACCGGAGGAGGAUAUGAAAGUGAUGAUGCAUAUCAAAACUCAGAACUUUCUUUCUUAGNCAUUCAUAAUAUUCACGUUAUGCGAGAAUCUUUAAAAAAAGUGAAAGAUAUUGUUUAUCCCAACAUAGAAGAAUCUCAUUGGUUGUCCAGUUUGGAGUCUACUCAUUGGUUAGAACAUAUCAAGCUUGUUCUGACUGGUGCCAUUCAAGUUGCAGACAAAGUUUCUUCAGGGAAGAGCUCAGUACUUGUACACUGCAGUGACGGAUGGGACAGGACUGCUCAGCUGACAUCCUUGGCCAUGCUAAUGCUGGACAGUUUCUACAGAAGUAUUGAAGGCUUUGAGAUUUUGGUACAGAAAGAGUGGAUAAGUUUCGGACAUAAAUUUGCAUCUAGAAUAGGUCAUGGUGAUAAAAACCAUGCUGAUGCUGACCGAUCUCCUAUUUUUCUUCAGUUUAUUGACUGUGUGUGGCAGAUGUCGAAACAGUUCCCCACAGCUUUUGAGUUCAAUGAACGCUUUUUGAUUACCAUUUUGGAUCACUUGUAUAGCUGUCGAUUUGGUACUUUCUUAUUCAACUGUGAAUCUGCUCGAGAAAGACAGAAACUUACAGAAAGAACAGUUUCUGUGUGGUCGCUAAUUAACAGCAAUAAAGACAAAUUCAAAAACCCCUUCUAUACAAAAGAAAUCAAUCGGGUUUUAUAUCCAGUUGCCAGUAUGCGUCACUUGGAACUGUGGGUGAAUUAUUACAUUCGAUGGAAUCCCAGGAUCAAGCAGCAACAGCCCAACCCAGUGGAGCAGCGUUACAUGGAGCUUUUGGCCUUGCGUGAUGAUUAUAUAAAGAGGCUCGAGGAAUUGCAGCUGGCCAACUCUACCAAGCUUGCUGAUGCCCCCACUUCGCCUUCCAGUUCUUCACAGAUGCUGCCCCAUGUGCAAACUCACUUCUGAGGGGAUCUCUGGCACUGCACUUGAACUCAUAGCUAAGUGAGAUAGCUGGCUUUCAUUCUAGGCAUGUGUAUGUACAAAGUAGAUUUAAAGUAUCUGACUCCAUUUAGAAGUUGAACUAACAUCUUUGACUUUGGAGUAUGUGCCUUCUGUAAUACAUAUUACAAGAAAUCUAUGGUGUCUGUGUGGCAAUCAUAAGGAAAGAGUCAAGAGGGGGUUCUGAAAAAUCCUCACACUUUUUUUACAAAGCACUUUUGCAAAGAUAAAAGUUAAAUUUAAUUUACCUCUAUAUAAAUUCUACAUAUACAGUAUGUAUUUUAUGGGCUUAAUUGAAAUAUUAUUUUAAAUCCAGGGGGGAUAUUUGUUUGUAAAAUGUAUUUUCCUCCAGCUGCUUACAAUAGUUGCUUUGGAUUAUCUAAAAUUAAUCCAAAUGUGAAAGAUGGGUAUUACUGCCAAAGCCAAAUUGCACUCUGCUUCUUCAGCAAAUUCCAAGAGCAAGGCAUUUAAAGAAUUGCCAAUUUUUAUUUUACCCUAAGUGGUAAGGUAAAAAGAAACAUGAGCAUUUCAUCAUUUUGAAUUUUUGAAAAUAAAAUGUUCUCCCAUAAUUUUUUCAAAAGAAGCACAUUUUUAUAUUUAAAAAAGUGAUAAGGUUUGAUUUUUUUCCCCUCAACAUUCUCAGCUUUGCUUUCUAAAUUAUCCCAUGAUUUUGUCUAACACUGAGUCAUACUCAGGUUGAAGGAAACCCAUAAACAGCACUGUGUGAGGAGCUGGCUGUCUUCUGCUGCUUAGAGGAAUAUGUUCGCAAACAUGCCUCUAGUCAAUUCAGCUUAUCUGCUGAAGUGUAGGGGCACCGUCUUGAAUGGAUGAGCUAUGGCUAGGGCAUCUUUCUUUACAGUAAUGCCCCAGGUGUAUAUUUAAAGUAUUCUGUUUAUGUAUCUCUGUUUAAAUGGUGUUGGGUUCCCACCCCCACAUGCGUGCACAAAAACUUGUUCUGCACAUUAUUACUUGAAGUACUGGGCAAUUUGCUUUUUCAGGUUUUUUUUUUUCAUUUUGUUUUGUAGUAUGAAAUGAAAUUUUAAAUGCACAGUUCUAUUUGAUAUCUGAACUAAUUCAUUUAAUAAAUAUAUUUGUAAAAGCUAAAGUUAAAUCAAUUAAUGUUUUACAGUGAUUUGUAAAGGAUUAUUUAUAGCUAAUAUGGUUUUGUUUUCAGUGAAUUAAGAGAGAUUACAUUUAUCUUUGUAAAUUAUUUUAUGUCAUAGCUUAAUGACCUACCAAAUGAGAUAUCUCAAAUAUAAUAGUAUAAUGUAUGGAUUUUAUAAGUAUAAAAAUUAUUAGAUAUUCUUUUGCUUUUUGUAAACACUGUAAAUAUUUCAUAAAUUAAAAUGUGUCACUCCAUAAGAAGAAAAAAAAAUAAUACUAAUAGUUCACAGGAAUUUGUGAAAUUUCAUGAAAAUAUUUUCAUGGCAAUAAAUAUUAAAAGACCUGCUGUAAUAAAUAUUAACUAAAACCUAACAGUAUUUCCAGGGCUAUAACUGUGUGUUUAAGAUGUGCACAGUGUCCAUCUUAUUUGCUCACUUGCUUUUUCUGGAUCUACUUCACUUUGUUUGUCACAGUAACAAUAUCUGUUUUCUUUUGUUGUAAUUGUUGUCUGACCUGAAGUCUCAUAUAGCCCAGUUGUCAUCCAGUGCACUGUGUCACCAAAACUGGCCUGGAACCCCUGAUCCUCCCUCGUCUAUCUCUUAGUCAUGCACUACCACAGCCAGCUUAUUUCCACAAAUGAAUGUACUCUUCUUGAUGGACAGACCUAGAAACCUUUAGGAAAGUGCACCCUAAGCAUGCACACACCAGGAAAAAGAGGAGAGAAAACGCCUCACCUUGUCAAGCAGUCUCAAGUUCCCAGGCUGUUUACUAUGUAGCUGAGCUGACCUUUGGCUUCUUGAUCCUCCUGUCUCUAGUUCUUAAACACUAGAAGAUGCUACCAUGCCCAGUUUUUAUGCAAUGCUGGGGGUUUAAUAUAGAGACUCUACUGACUAAGCCACAUCCUCUACCAACAAAGGACUUGCUAAUCAUGUAUGUAUGAGGCAUAAUCAUUCAUGGUGAUUUAAAAAUAACUGGCUAUGAAGACAAACAUCUAGAGCUUGAAAUCAGUUUACAUUUAUACCAUAGUGAAGAUAAAUAAGUAAGCCUGUAGAGUAGAUAAAUCCAGAAGUCUAAUGUACAACAUAAGGGCUUAUUAUUUGAAAUUUGUUCUUAGAAGUCUUGUAAAAAAAAAAAAAAAGAAAGGAUAAUUAUGAGAUUUUCUUGAAUGUGAUAACCAUCUCAUUAUAAAUCUGUCAAAAACCUACUGUUUGCCAUAAAUGUACAGUAUAGAAAAAAUUCAUAAAGACUCUGUUAAAAAGUCAAAUGAACUCAAGCAAGCCUUUCAUCAGGAGUAUACAUUGAAGCUACAGUGAAGCACUCUGCUGCACCUUUUAUCAUAAGCCUUGUUUUAUCCAGAAAUCGACCCUAGAACCUGAGAAGUACUUUACCACUGAGCCACAACCCCAACUUUUUAAUAUUUUACUUUGAAAUAAGAUCUUACUAAGCUGCCCAAGUAAAUUUGGGAUUUAUAUAAUCUUUAUGCCUCUGCCUCAUAAAUAGCUGGAUUAUAGACACCCCCCACCCUUGCCCCAGGCCUUGCCAUCUUACAAGCAUUUAAAAGUCUACGAGUCAGAUGCAUUGAUGAGUAGGAGCUUUGGUGUAAUACUUGAAAAACAGUUGGUAUUACCUGGUAAGUCAAAUGGUACCCUUUGACAUAGUAUUUCUACUUUUGAGGAAUGAGAAAAAUCCAUGCCAUGUUUAGAGAAGCAUUGUUUGGCAUAGCCAGGAACAAGCUAGGAAUAAGGAUCCACCUACAGUAGGCCAUAUAGGCUAUGGCACACUCUUAACAACAUAAUACUGUACACUAGGAUAAAACUGCCAUGUGGUGGUGGCCAAAUAUCAUAUAGAUGCAUUCCAUAAGCAUGGUAACUGAAAGAAACCAGACACAGAGACUAUAUCAUUUUAAUCAUGUAAGUUCAAAAGUAAUGUUCAAAAAUAUAUGGAUAGUAAAACAGAAGCAACUCAUCACAAAACAACAGACCAGAGUAGAAGCAUCUGGUACAUGAACUAGGAUGUAGUGUAUAUAGAAUUCAAAGAAAAUUGACAUACCUAGAUUUCAGUAUGCCCAAGCCUGGCACAAAAUGACAAAGAAGUAGGUGGGGCCAUGUAUGAAAGGUUGAUUUCAGGGCACUGGGCUGAACAUGAAAAGGGAGUUGGAGGCUACUAUGUAUGGUGACUGAAGGUAUAUGAAGGCAGGUUACAGAUUUUAGAAAAACCAGUAGCCUGUGGAUAGAAAGAUGAGAUGGGAAAAAAACAGUGCAGCUUGAGGUCUCAGCUUUUCUAGGUUUCCAGAGUAGGAGUGCUUAAGUGUAGACUGGGAUUUCAGUUUCCUUUUCUGACACAGGGCAUGCCAAUAGUGAAUCAACUGUGGUAGUUCUAAGAUGGAUUUGAGACUUUCUGUGUUUGAUGAAGUGUCUGGCACCAUGCUUAAAUUUAAGUCUAGAUUCAUAAAAGAAGAAAAACACAUGGGGAGAAAAUCCAAAGAUAGGGAAAAUUGUUCAGGUUGGAUGCUAGGGGGUCCCUCACAGGCAUACUGGAAAGCAGUUUCAUUGGGGCAGAAGUCAAAUACGAGUCAUUUAAAAGAUCAGACUGUGGCUGUGCACACCUUUAAUCCCAGCACCCUGGGGGCAGAGGCAAGUGGAUCUCAGUGUGUUCAAGGCUAACCUGGUCUACAGAAUGAGUUCCAGGACAGCCAGGGCUACAUAGAGAAACCCUGUCUCAGGGAUGGGAGGAAUCCAGGGGGACUAAGGAGAACAAAAUUGAGGGACCUUCAGAUGGGAAAAUUAUUGCUUUCCCAUCAGGAACCACUUUAGCAAUAUUAAGACUGGAAGAAACUGAGGUAGCCCAUGUUAUGGACUCUGGCAAGGAGCUGUGGUACUAAAGACAAAGAAUUUAAAUAGAAUUAACACAAGUUCCUAAGUGUCAUUCAACAAGUGUCACCUUCCACAAAACUUUCCUUCCACUUGUAACUGGCCAGACUGUUAGUCACACAUAUCUCUUGCUUUCUAUUUAAACCCUACCCUCAUGUCAGUACCCCAAAGAUAGACUUUGUGGGCAUGGGCUCCUGGAUGUCUUUGUCCCUCUUGCCAGUGUGGCCACUUUAAACAUCUGCUUUUCACUAUGAAUUUGGCUCUUUUGUUGGGGAUGGGUAGCUGAAACUGACUUGUUGGGACAAAGGCUGAGGCCCCUCAAUCUGGUAACACCCUCUUUCUCAGAUCUUCUACUCUAAGAUCCACUCCCCUUAUGGUAUAUGCCAUUCUCAGUUGAAACUGUGUGCUGUGUGUCUUUCUUCCUCGGCUUCUUGGCUGUAAUGUACAACAGGGUUUCUGACAUGUGAUUAGCAUACAGUCUAUAUUCAUUUGAAUCCAUGCAUGGGUGAAAGGAUGAUCAGGAAGUGUUAGAGAGUUGUUUAUAAAGAAAGGAACAAGAAUGGAUAAUUUGUGAGCGAUUAUACCAGAAAAAAAGUGGGCUUUAGGGAGGAAAAGAAGCCCAUGGAGAACAAAGUCACCUAUAGGAAAACGUGGUAGUGUGUAAGACAAGGCUCCAGAGUGAGGCUGAGCUGCAGAGCACAGGCUGAGAAUAAGGAGAAUAGCUCAGCAGGCUAUCCACUUAGGCCAGUGCACAGGGAGAGGAAUGGAAUUUGUUAAAUUAUUUUUUCUUUUAUUGAAAAUAGAUUUUUUUCCACAUAAUAUAUCCUGAUUGCAGUUUACCCUCCCAUUACUCCCCCAGAAUUUUCUUCCCUCCACUCCUAUCCAGAUACAUACCCCUUCUCUCUCUCAUUAAAAAAAACAAACAUGUUUCUAAG